UCACGAGCUCUGUAGCUGUCUCACAGUUCACAGAGUCGCUAAAGUCUCAUCAGAAUCUGAUUUUUUGCUGGUGUGUGCAUUGGAGAGGUUGUUACAGAGAAGCUAUCCGCAAGACAGUUGAAAGACACGCCCUGAUUUACAGUCGUGCAGACUUGUACAUGUGUGGAGUACUUGAUUGGCAGAUAUAAAGAUUGGCAGAUGCGGAGCACCAGUUUAAUUGUGUCUGUGAACCUCAGGAUCCUUUAAUACAGAAAACGACACGUGUGGUUUAGACAGCCAAGUCAUAGAACGGUUCCAUCGUGGCUCUUAAACCGUUCUACAACCGUCAGAACCCAGGUCCUGUCAGCUGGUCUGAUAGUGAUCCAGGGUCUGGAAAGCGCACUAAGAUGUCUCAUCUGGCGGGAACAAGCAACACUAGCUCUUCUCUCUCCUCCGUUCUUAGCUCUACGGCCUCCACCUGCACCAUCUCUGCGUGGGACAUUGAUGGAGGGCUUGCUGCUGACUUUGAUGGCUCUCUCUCUGGCCUUGGCUCAGAGCUUGGCACCAGUAGUUACAACAUGAGUGAAGCCCUAUUGGCUUUACCAGUUUUUAAACAAGAGAAUCUUGAAAACGGGUUCCAGUAUGUGCUGGGAGCAGCCACCUCUCCAGCUGUCAAACUCAACGAGGAAACCUUAACCUACCUAAACCAAGGACAGUCAUAUGAAAUAAAGGUGAAGAAGCUAGGAGAUCUUUCAGACUUCCAGGGAAAGCUGCUACGGAGUGUUAUAAAGAUCCUGUUUCAUGAAAGAAGAUUACAAUAUAUGGAAAAAGAGCAGUUGGACUUCUGGAAACAGAUUCGUCCUGGUGAACGAAUUCUUGAUCUUGAUGUUCCUCUUUCUUAUGGAUUAAUAGAUGCCAGGAAUGACAGUAAUGCCUUAAACUCUGCUGAAUUUGUUUGGGACCCCACAAAAGAGAGUGGAGUGUAUAUAAAAGUGAACUGUAUCAGUACAGAAUUUACAGCCAAAAAACAUGGCGGUGAAAAAGGAGUUCCAUUUCGACUGCAAAUUGAAACAUUUUUACAUGGAGAUAGCUCAAAACUUCAGCAUUGUGCUUCCUGUCAGCUAAAAGUUUUUAAGCCUAAAGGAGCUGACCGAAAACAUAAAACUGACCGUGAAAAAAUGGAGAAGAGAUCAGAGUCUGAAAAGGAAAAAUACCAGCCCUCAUACGAGUGUACAGUUUUAACAGAGAUGUCUCCUGAGCAAUUUUACCAGCCGGCCACACCUACAAACUCCGUCUCCAGUAGUGGUAGCUUCUCAUCUCUCAGUAAACAGCCUGGCUCAUUUUCAAGUACAGAGAUGGAUGACGGUUCUACUAAUGGUACCAGUACGCUGUUGCCAUCACCAGUCUGCUCCACCCCCUCGCCAUCACCUAGUCUUUCUGUACGAUCUCCUGCCCACAUAGAUGUGGUCAGUCCACCGCCAUCACGGACAGGGCCGUUACCAUUAUGUGCUUCUGCCCCUGAGGUAAUUCAGUGGCUGCAGCAGAACCGUUUUGCGAGUUUUACCCGGGUGUUUCAAAACUUUUCAGGUGCUGAUUUAUUACGGCUAAACAGAGAUGAUCUUAUUCAGAUUUGUGGUUUAGCAGAUGGCAUCCGGCUCUUUAAUGCUCUACAGCACAAAUCGGUGCGGCCUAGACUGACAAUCUAUGUAAGCCAAGAGUCAGAAGUUGUGUACCAUGCAAUAUACCUGGAGAGUUUACAGAGCAGAGAGUUGAUUCUGAAGCUGGCUCAGCUCUACAAUAUCCGUCCAGAGCACAUUCUUGACAUCUAUAUACAGGGACCCUCAGGAAUACAUAUACUUGUCACAGACGAUGUUGUUGUAAAUAUUCAGGAUGAAUCCAGACUGGUAGUUGAAGGUUUGAAAGAUGAAUCAAAUGACCAUUACCGCCUUCUGUUGAAAGCAGUUGAAUAGCAGCAUGGAAUGUAGCAUUCGGCCGAGGUACCCAUGGGGGAACAUAAACAUGGUGUACUGCACCAAACAUGCUAUAUUUGUGUGCUAUAAUUGUGUACUGUGUACACUCACAGGUGAUUUUAGUCAUGGGGUUGGUGAAAAUGUGAAUCAUGGACUUACAUGCAAUGUAACAUGUGAAAUAGUGAAAUUUCCUCUAUAUUCAAAGCAACACUCUGUUUACUGUGUGUUGAAAACGUUGGUCUCAACAAGACCAAUAAUUAUUUUAUGAAAGAACCUCCCUGUGUAAAUGUUAGAGGUCAUUUUCAGCCAUCUUGUUUUCUUAUGUCUUACUAUAGGGCAAUCAGAUUUUGUUAAUUAUCAAUUUUCUGAAUCAGAAGAAGAGCUCUGGGAACUUAUUUCAUGUUUUAAGCGUGAAUGGGCCACAUUGCUCACAUUGUCGACGAGGUAUCAGUCUUUUUUCCUAAAGUUUUUCUCAAAACUUGCAGUCAUGAGGCAUUUAGAGGCAACUAUUGUUGAGCCUAUACUUUCCUUUGGCUUAGAUAAUCUUGAUUAUUGAACUCGUUGUGAGUUAAGAUGGAUAGACUGAGAAGUCUUACACAUCAUGGAAAAUGGUCAAGUUGUUCUAUGCCAUAACGGCUCUAUUAUUAAAACUGUAGCAUCCAGUAUGACAAGGGUAGAUCAGUGUGGAUUCUUUAUUAGAAUGUGUACCAUGAUGCCAUCCAGCAUCAAACACUAAAUGGCCGUAAGAUUUUAACUUUAUGAAGUUUAAGAAGUUGUAUCAUACGAAGUCACAGUGCAUUCAUGUAAGCUUUGCAUGGUGCAUUGACACCUUAUUUUUUCUGUUGUUUCUUUGAUGAGUUACUAGAUUAUAAGGUGUGCCAUAGUAGUUAGUAGUUAGCUUGAUUAGCUUCACAUUGUUUUGAUACAGAGCAUUCGUUACUGCUGUUAGUCAGUGAUUGAUUCUAUGCACCCUGGUCCAAAUACUUUGAACUACUGACAAUGACAUGUGGUUUUGAUACACUGAACACAAAUCUUUUAGAGAAUUUCAACUAUAAACAAACCUUACAUUUGGUAAUUUAUUCCUUGGUUUAAGGGUUAUAAAUAAGCGCAUGUACUCAAUGUGAACGGAAUAGUUACAUUGAUUUAGGUUUUCAGGAAGUUAUAUUGUUGUACUUUGAUUGUUUUUGUUAGGCUAUUGUAAUAACUACAUGCGUUUACGUGUGAUGUGCUUAGUUGACCAAGUAUAUGUAUGUAUGUAUGUGUAUGUGAUGAUGCAGCUUUCGCACAGUCCUUGAAACUCAUUGAAUUUCCUGGAAAAAUGAAACUCUUGGAAAAUUCCGAUUUUGGGUGGAUUGAAACGUCUGUCAUAUACAUCAUUCUUCAUCAAAACGUGAGAAAACUGAAUACCUAAAGCUAAUUUUUCUAAAACAAAUUAAAAACUUUGCUGCAACAUUACACAUGGCCCAAUUUCCGUUACCUAGCCACUGCACAUCCAUACGUGUUAUUUGGGAUCUUAACAAUUAACUCGGUUAUUAUGUAUACAAACAGAGAUGGUGCCUAGGCUUGCAUCAUUAUCCUAGUAGCAUGUAGUGUUUUUCUUAUUGACUUAAAACAAAACCAGGUCAACACAGAGUUAAUCUAAGUAUGUGGAGGUGAUAUCCUAGAGGGGGCAGUGUGUAGUUAUCCCCACAUUAUGCAUGCUUGGUCAGUCAGUGGCAAGAUUUGGCUGUGUCAUGUA